AUGAGGGUGACGCAGUGCCGGUACAAGCGCAUCGGCUGCCCCUGGCAGGGCCCGUUCCACGAGCUCUCGGUGCACGAGGCCGAGUGUUCCCACCCCACCAAAACCGGGAACGAGCUGAUGGAGAUCCUGGACGAGAUGGACCAGAGCCGCCACAAGGAGAUGCAGCUCUACAACAGCAUCUUCAGCCUGCUCAGCUUCGAGAAGAUCGGAUACACGGAGGUUCAGUUCCGCCCGUACCGCACCGACGACUUCAUCACGCGCCUGUACUACGAGACGCCGCGCCUCACCGUGCUCAACCAGACCUGGGUGCUCAAGGCGCGCGUCAACGACUCGGAGCGCAACCCCAACCUGUCGUGCAAGCGCACGCUGAGCUUCCAGCUGAUCCUCAAGAGCAAGGUCCAGUCCCCCAUGGAAUGCUCCUUCCUGCUGCUCGAGGGGCCCUACGACGACGUCAAGAUCAACCCCGUCAUCUACCACUUCGUCUUCAGCAACGAGAGCAACGAGACCGACUACAUGGCGCUGCCCAUCGUCGACUCAGUGGAGUGCAACAAACUGCUGGCGGCCAAGAACAUCAACCUGCGGCUUUUUAUAUUCCAGAUCCAAAAAUAAUAAAAGAACGACUUUU